AUAUCUUCAAGAGUUAAAGAAAAUGGACAAGAAUGAUGGUGCUAAAUCUGGUAAUGUUGCACAAACCGGUGCGACUGGAUCUGGUUCGGGGAAUAAUAUGGUGGCGCCGGGUACUGCAGGUGCAAUUCAGAUACCUCGGGACGCUUUUGAAGCCAACACUAAGGCCUAUUUUGACAACCUUCAUGCCAAGGAUAAGGCAACUAAGUGA